GUCACCGCGUGCUGUUCUGGGCCACGGCAGUCACGACGGGCUCGUUGUAAAAGUGUGUAAUUUUACGUUUGCUCUCUGUCUCUCUGUAGAGAAACCGCAGGCUGUCGCUCUUUCUCUCGCGUAUCCUGUAAGUCAUCCCCGUGUGUAACUGGAGCACACAGCAAACACAGACGUAGAGCUAUACUGAGCAAAAACGAACUGUGUGCGUGUGUGUGAGUCUGUCUGUCUGUCUGUGUCGCUGACCGCAGAGCUUGUUUGAAACCACAUCCUAUAAGAUGGCUUGGCUUUAAUUAAUCAUACGAUCGGCCGAAAUAGCACGCAGCACGGCAGCCGAGGUACGAGGGCGCCACCACGACACGGCAGGAGAUUUAAUCGAGAUCAAUUGUCGGCUGCUUUACCAGUUACGGAUUCAGCCGCACGCCGAUCAGUCAAAUCGGUGAUUGGGUAGAUCGAGCGAUAAACGUGCACGCACUAUCAGACAAGCGUACGAGCGUAAACGCGACCGCUACAUCGCGGCUGCCUAGAUGAGUCAGAACUCCGCUACGACAGGGCGAGCAUUCCAUUCUUGACGUGACAAGCGUACGUGUCGUAAAAGGCUCUUCAGGUGGCUGGCAGUGGCUGGAAUUUCCAGGCCCUCCGAUCGACAAGUGUCUUGCCGAGAGUGCUGGUGUUACCGGACGUGUGAUUACCGCCAGGAUUAGCUACCCUGUUAGGGUACGAGAGUGUGCGAGAGAUCGUAAACCAAUCCGAGAGGGUACUGCAAAGUGAAGAAGCAGAAAAAAACCCUCCGCACCCCUCUCUCCUCCAUUAUCAGCCACUAUCGUGGUCGUGUUGUCGCUUUCACCGAACGGGGGCGCGAUAGUUUAUUAGGCGGCAAAACCAUCCUAACCCAACUCCUCAAGAGGGGCAAAGUGAGAGUGACAAGCUAACAAGGGUUCUGCCACCAACCAAAUCCCCAAAAACCCAAGAGCCAGCAAUCACACACAGAAAAACGUGUGCAACAAAUCAAAUCCUUAUCGUUCAGCGGCUACACAGUAUCGGCUUUUUGUUGUUUGGUGCCUUCGCUGUCUGCCUGCCUCAUCCAAGCAGGCCCAGCACGGACGAGCGUUCUAUCGGUCCGGUCGAUCAGUCUUGAGUGUCCCGGCGUCCCAGUCGGUCCAGUGUCCAGAGUAAACCGAGCACGAGCACAGAACAGCAACGAUGGUGAAAUCAAUCACGGCCAAUCCGCAGGGCCAGUUCUCGGUCGAGGACUACGCGGUGUUUACGAUCAUGCUCGGGAUAUCUACCGCGAUCGGUGUGUACUUUGGCUUUUUCCAGAAGAAGAAAAACCAAACCACCGAGGAGUAUCUGCUCGGCGGGCGGAAGAUGAAAACGUUCCCGAUCGCGAUAUCGCUGAUCGCAAGCCAACUUUCCGGUGUGUCCAUCAUGUCGGUUCCGGCGGAAAUGUACUCGUACGGGGCGCAGUACUGGAUCAUCGCCCCGACCAUGAUCCUCAUCACGAUGAUCAUCAACUACAUCUUCGUGCCGGUGUUUUACAACAACCACAUCACCAACUGCUACCAAUAUCUGGAGGAUCGGUUCAGCCCGGCGGUGAAGAAGUUCGUCACGUUCACGUACGUCCUGAACAUCUACCUGAUCCUGCCGAUCUUCAUCUUCAUACCGGCGCUGGCCUUUUCGCAAGUCAGCGGCAUCAACAUCCACCUGAUCAACGGGAUCGUGUGUGGCGUGUGCAUCUUCUACACGAUGCUCGGUGGCAUCAAGGCGGUCGUGUGGACGGACGUCGUGCAGGGGCUGAUUAUGUUUGUGUCCUGCUUUCUGGUGGUGGCCAUUGGGGUGGCGAAGAUUGGCGGACUGUCGGAGGUGUUGGAGCGGGCAGCCGCCGGUAAUCGGUUGGAGAUUUUUGACAUGACACUGGAUGCAACUACGCGCCAAACCUUCUGGACGGCUAGUGUGGGCAAUCUGUUCCUGUGGACCGGUUACCUGGGGCUUAGCCAAAGCUGCGUCCAGCGUAUUGUGUCUGUUCCGAGCAUGAGCCAUGCCCGGGCCGCCCUGUGGAUCUUCUGCGCCGGAUUCAUCGUCAUCAUGACGCUGAACUGCUUCACCGGCAUCGUCAUCUUUGCCAAGUACUUCGACUGCGAUCCGAUCAAGGUGGGGCUGGUGCAGAAGGCGGACAAGCUGCUGCCCUUCUUCGUGCAGGAUGUCGUGGGUAACCUGAAGGGUAUGCCGGGAGUGUUCAUCUCUUGCGUGUUCAGCGCUGGUCUGAGCACAAUGUCCGCGAACCUAAACUCGCUGGCGGGCUUAAUCUACGAGGACUACAUACGGCCGUUCAAGCUGUUCAAACACACGGACGCGUCGGCCAAUACGACCAUGAAGGUGCUGAUUCUGGUCAGUGGUGUGUACUGUAUCGCGAUGGGCCUGAUCGUGGAACAGUUCGGGCACAUUUUGCAGAUGGUCGUCACGAUCGCCAGCGUUACGCAGGGUGCCGUGAUGGGCAUCUUCUGUCUCGGGAUGCUGUGGCCGUGGGCCAACAAACACGGUGCCCUCUGGGGCUCGGCAUCCAGCGUGAUCGUGAUGUCGUGGAUCAUCGCUGGGGCACAGAUCGCGAUUAGCAAUAAGGAAAUUAGUUACCCGCCCAAACCUACCAGCGUCGAUGGAUGCUACGAGUACGGGUACAACGUGACGGCCAACGAUUUCCCCACGCUCGAGGCGCCACAGGACGAGGCCGAGUUCUCCAUCUACAACAUCUCCUUCGUCUGGUACUCGACGGUGGGCACGUUCAUGGUGUUUCUGGUAGGCAUUCCGGUGAGCUACUUUACCGGUUCGCAGGAUUUGCGCAACUUCCGACCGAAGCUGAUUUCACCGCUCGUCCACUGGCUGCUCCCGGAGGAGGUGCUACAGAACGACUUUUCGCUGAAAGCAGAGAAUGAAAAACUUAACCCCGAACCAAUCAAAGAGUGGACCUUUACGGCGCACGAAGAGGAAAAGUACAAGGAACGGCUCGGCGUGAUCGAGCAAACGCUUUAGACAAACCAAAACCCCUAACCCAGGUGUUCUUGUGCUGGAUUUAUGCAGUGUGCAAACACGUGGUGCACAGUUCGUGGUGGUGCGUAGAGUAGAGGCUUUUUUGUUGUAUAAGUUUCACCUAGGAUGUAAUGCAUGUUUACUCAAGACGGGCAGAAGUUGCUGUAUGUUAAAUGUUUACGUGAGACACACAAACACACACACGUGUCACGUGUGCCAUCAUUCAUCUCAUCGAUGUGUAGUAUUAAUAUGGUCAGUUUUAAACCAGCGUCCUCGUUAACCCUAUCGUUUCUUUAUGAUUCCUGUAAUAGAACCAAAUCGUAGUGUAAUAAACCACCAAUCAUUGUUUCUAGUA